CAUCGAAAUGCUGCAGUUAGUGACCUGGAGCUCAAAUUUUUCCUGGGUUGCACACUCAACAGGUUGACCCGAGGCGAUUGAUGCUGUUUGGUUGAGUUACAACCGAGGAAUACAAGCACAGAGAAGAUGGUGUAUUAUUUCACAUCAAAGGUCGUUGAACCUUCCGCGUUCAUCUACGUCGGCAAGGACAAAUUCGAGAAUGAGGAUCUCAUAAAACAUGGGUUGGAGAAGGAUGUUUGGUUCCACGUCGACAACUUAUCCAGUGCCCACGUCUACCUCCGCAUGCGCGAAGGGGAGACAUGGGAUAAUAUCCCGGAGCCGCUGCUAGAGGAUUGCGCUCAAUUGACCAAAGCGAAUUCCAUAGACGGCAACAAACGCGAUAACAUCACAAUCAUCUAUACGCCAUGGUCGAAUCUCAAGAAGGACGGCUCCAUGGCGACUGGACAGGUCUCAUUCCAUAACCAGAAGCUGGUCAAAAAGGUCCUUGUCCAGGAACGAGAGAACGCCAUCGUCAACAGACUUAACAAGACCCGAGACGAGAAGUUCCCGGACCUCAAGGCGGAGAAAGAAGAGUAUCUGGCGAAGAAGCGGAAAGACGAGAGGAAGACGAGGGAUCAGCAGAUGGCUAGGGAGAAGCAGGAAAAGAGAGAACGGCAGCAACUGAAGUGGCAGAAGGACCACGCCUAUGAUGAUCUGAUGACUGAGGAGAAUCUCGAAGCAAGUAGCAACCAAGACCGGGAUCCUGAUUUCCUCGACGAUUUCAUGUGAUGUCCCCCGUGGAAAGCUUCGGUCUGCUUUGCUACUGCAAGAAAUUACCAUGGUAUAUGGUUGUCAGCAAUACGCGGCAGGACGAGUGUGACAUUUCAUCGUUGACUUGACGGAUGAGGUCAGUCACAUUCAAGCGGUGAAAAGCUGAUAGUGCUCCCGACGUUCUACAAUUAAGUAAU